UUGCAAUGCCAGCGGAAGACGAGCCCCCUCGGAACGUCUGCCACUUGCACCCGAUGUGCUGUGCUUUGCCCUGCGACAACCUUGCGAUGGACUCGUCUUCUUACUGCGAAAACCACACCAUGCGAUCCAAGUGCACGGGAACAAACCGCCACGGCAAGCGUUGCCAGGCGCUGUCUGUGUCGCGACUUAUUCCGUAUUGCAAUCAGCACAAGCCCAAAGCCGUCGAGCAAAACGAGAAAAGAACGGAAAGCGCGAAACAAAAGGUUGAGAUCAAGGUUAAACCUGUGGAAAAGGUUGUCGAGUCUGAACCGCUCGACGAGGAGCCGGAGAAGGAGGACUGUGACCCUGAUGAGAUUCUGGUGGAGGCGGACAGCGGGGACGACGACGACAACUUUUCAGACACGUUUUCGGACUUGGAGGAGGAAGCUUGCGACGGUGGCAACAAAGUGCACCUGGACAACGAGGACGAAGUGGAAGAGUCGGAGCAUUUGCAACAUUUGCGAGACGUGCACGACACCACGACCAUCCAGUACGACGACGAAAGCAAGGACGACCAAACGCACGACGAAGACAUGGUGAAGAUGGCUUCAUCCACAUUGGUAGAUCACAUUCCAUCGACCCAAUGGACGUGGGCCAUGUCCACGGACGAGCGGUGGGCGCAACUGACGCUUCUGGACGAAAGCCACCGCGUGCUGCUGAUGCACUGGCUGGCCAAGUGCAACCAGUCGAUUGAGCAAGCUCGAGUUGCCUUCCACGACGCCGAAGUCAAAGCCAAGGCCAAGGUGUACGAAGGCAAGGCGGUGAUUGGGGGCACGAUUGUCGGGUGCAUUUCCCGCCUGGAGGCGAUCCGGGCCACGAAUCCGUUUGCGAUCGUCGUGGAAGAGGCGUCGGAGGUGCUGGAGCCGUUGCUGUUUGUAUGUUUGGGGGCUUCCACGUGCAAGUUUGAGAUGAUUGGCGACCACUUGCAGCUCAAGCCGUCGAUCCAAUCCAAGUACACGUUUGAGCGCAUGAACCACAUUGGCGUGUCGAUGUUUGAGCGCCUGAUUCGGUCUCCGCCGGGGCAUCAGGUGCAGUCGUCCGUGCUCUCCAUCCAGCGCCGCAUGCGCAAAAACAUCUGCGACUUGACCCGGGACUACUACAAGGACAUUGUGGCCAUCCAAGAUCACGACACGUGUCAUAACCGGUGCAUCCAGUCGACGUCAUUGUUGAAACACCUGCCAACGGCCGGCCGCGAAGUCCCCGGGGUGUCUCCGCACGUGUAUUUCUGGUCCCACACCGGACAGCAGCAGCGCGCCUCGGUUGGUCUGUCCAAGAUCAACGCCGACGAGGCAGACAUGGUGUGCGCUCUGGCCAAGUAUCUCGUAAACUGCGGAAUUUCUCCCCAGUCCAUCGCGAUUCUAACGCCUUACAAGGGCCAGCUCAUGCUCAUGCGGAAGCAAUUGCUGGCGUCCAACCUAAUCCACCACAAGGACAACUCGCAUCACAGCGACGACAUGGCACUCUCUACGGUUGAUCGAUUCCAGGGUGACGAGGCCGAUAUUGUGCACAUUUCGCUCGUGAUUGACGCUAAGUCCCGCACGCCGUUCGUGAAGCUCGUGAACCGCAUGAUUGUGCUCUUGAGUCGCGCGCGCGUAGGCAUGUAUAUUGUGGGCAACGCUGGCUACUUCACCGAGUCGAGUGCCGUGCCGCACUGGCAGGCUACAUUAAACCUUCUAAGCCAGCCCGCCCCGUCGGACUCGACCACCCCUACUGACUCCCACACAUAUCCAGGCGUUCGGUUCGGUCCAGCCCUCCCCCUUUGCUGUCCGCUGCACCGCAACGAGUCGGUUAUUGAAGCCAAAACGCCCAAGCAACUGGCUCUGGGAUUUUGCCGUGUCGUGUGCCAGUUCCGGCUGUCGUGCUCGCACGUCUGUGGGUUGGCGUGCCACUGGCCCAAAUUGACGCACAACCCCAAAUGCUCCGUCCGCGUGCCGUCACCGUGUGCCCGCCACCCGCGGGAGUUAAAGUGCUCCUAUGUAUUGUCCCAACUUUCCAAGUCUUUGCAGCCCCACAGCACCAUCACCAUGGCUCUGGACCAGUUGGCUUGCGAUGUCCCCGUGGAUGUGCAGCUGCCGUGCUCGCAUUCGGUCCGCAUGACAUGCGCCGAAGAGGACAAGCUAUCGAAUGGCGCUGCCAGCUGGCCGGUCUGCCACCAGCCGAGUGUGUCGCCGUUUGUCCAUCCCAUUUGCAAACACGAGGUUCAAGUCACUUGCGACCAAUUCCGCACUCUGACUGCCAACCCUUCGCUGGCCAAGAAGUGCAUGGAGACGGUCGAGUUCGUUCCAUCUUGUGGCCACUCGGUGCAGAUCAAGUGCUAUGCGCGCGCCGAGUUUGACUCGCGAGUUCGAGCGUUUGUGUGCGCGCACCAGUUGGACAUGACGCUUCCUCGGUGCGGGCACCCCAUCCGCGUGCGGUGCCCCGUGGCGCAGGCACUGGCGGCGUGGACGGGCACCUGCGCGACGGACGUGGUUGAGGAAGGCACUGUGUACGGCCCCAAGGACGCCAUAUGCGCCCAAGAAGUGUGGUUUGUCAAGAGGUGCGGCCAUCGGGUGCGCGUCAAGUGCGGCGUGGCGUUCGACAUGGCACCAGUGAACAACACGUGCACGGAGGUCGAGUCGUUUCAGCACCCGUCGUGCGGACAUGUGGUCCAAGGCCCGUGUCACUUCAAGCAAACGGCGUAUUCAGAUCGAUGGGAGGGCGAGGCGGUCCAGACUGUGGUGGAAGGGCAGAGUAGUCCGUUUGUGGCAAUGACAGGCGCCCUUCAGCGCCACAAGUGCACAAACCUGGUCGUGUACCAACGGCUGUGCCAGCACGAAACGCGCGUGCCAUGCUGGCAAGUGCAGGCGCAUCAAGUGCCUAAGUGCCGAGUGUCCAUCGUGGUUCCCCAUGUCUUGUGCGGACACGAGGUGGCGAUGCAGUGCGGAGACCGCGCCUUUGGCGGGUACGAGCCGUGGACAGACCCCAUCUCCAAUACGUGGCUCCAGGACCAUUCAGUUCUGGACACCACGCAGCCUCCAGUUCCCCUUCCUUCGGCUCUCAAGUCCAUGUCUUGGGCGACUUGCAAAGUGUCUGUGUGGUUCAAACGCCAAUCGACUUGCGGUCAUUCGUUUGAAACCAAGUGCAGCGAGGCAUUCAAGCUGCUCGGAGGCACGGACCUUCCAAAAUGCACCAGUGAAACCACCGUGACUUUGCCCUGUGGGCAUGAGGUAACGGUGCCUUGCUUCAAGAGUAACGAGCCUCUGCCGCCCUGCAGCGAGGAAGUCCACCGGAACUGCUGGAACUAUGCCACUUGCGGCCAGACCGUCCUUGCCAUUUGCGGGAAACCCAGCGCCCAAGACUGCUGUUCCAAAAUGACGACAUGGAGCUGUUCUAAAGGUCACGAAGCUCAAGUCGCGCAGUGCAUGGAGGGCAUUCCAGAGGACUGUCCAUGGUGCUCGAUGGACGCUGUUGACGCUGAGCUGGCGACCACCCGUCGACUUUUGGCCACACCUGGACUCACCGUGGCGGAUAUUUGCACUGUGCCGCCUGCCCUGACAUCUGUGCUGCAAGGGCACGAGCUGAAAAAAGCGCUUUUGAAACCGUAUUUACAGUCGAAACUCGAUUUACUGUUUGAAUACAAGGCAUGGGUGGACAACCGGUCCCUGUGGAAGCAGCCACUCUUUCAACCGCGCACGGAAUGGUACUUCACUGUCGAAAAGAAAGAGAACCCAACCCACAAGAAACACAAGGCAGCGCCACAUAAACCACUCGAGUCGUUUGAUCCAAAGGUGCUGGUCAAGACGGGGACGAUGCAAGGGGUGUCAUUGCUGGAAUGGACAGCCAAGAACAUGCAGCACUUGCUGACGAGAAAGAACCCCCCGGUGGUGCUGGCUGGUGUGGGAUUCACGGUGCGGGUGGUGGCGGGGGUCCCAACCAUGAAUCCCAAAGUUCAAGCCAACUGGAUCCAAAGUAAAAAACGCGACGGCUUCGACAGUGUCCAAAUGACUUCCCACUCAGCCGAGUCGACUGUAUUUUGGCAUCCAUAUGCGAUUAUGGCUACCCACAAAACCACGCUGAUAAGUGCCCACAUGGAUCAACUGAUGAGUUUGGAGCGGACGAUGCGACCGGUGCGGCUGAUUGAACGCCGCCGGCCGGGAAGUUCAACCAGCACGUCCAAGGCCAGCGUUGGUGCGCUGCUGGAUUCGACAGCUCUGGAAGGAAGCCAACAUUUGGCUGGGCUAAGAUUCCCAGCGCAGUGGGAUGGCGAGUCGUUGGUGUCAACUGGUACCAGUGCGUCCAUUCAACUGGAACUGGCCAAGAAGCUCCGGUUUGUGCCUGGAAAGCACGACGAGGGGUCGCCCUUUGCAGGGGUCAACUACGCGCGAACCCUGAAGAAGUCGGCAACGGAGCUGGUCGAAGUGGACCUGUUGCUCUGCUUGGAGCUGCUGCACUUGCCAGGAAACGACGAAAAGGCCCCGAAAGCUGCUCUUGAAACAUACAUGGACGCCAUCGAAGAGCAGGCGACUGCGACGGCCCAUCCGUUGCUGUUUGUCGCGCUAUUUCGCACCACGAACGACCCAACGUACAUCAAACACUUUGCCAAAUUCUACGGCCACGCCGUGGGCAAAUGGCUCACCCCUCGGGAAAAACAGUUUGUCCCAGGUCACGAAGGCCAGUCCACCGUAUCCCCCUCCAUUGGAAAAUCCAAUGACCCCACGAUUCUGCAGCAGUGGCAGGACUUUGCCAGCAAGGAACGGGUCAAGUCUGACGCGAUGGACGAGUUGUUGGACCUGAUUGGCAUUCGAAAAGUAAAGAAGUUUGCGAUCCAGCUGUUCCAAAGUGCCCGGGCGUUCAAGAAACUGAGCUCCAAAGCUCGAAAAGCAAACCAAAUGUCAUUCAAUUACUGCUUUGUGGGCAACGCAGGUACGGGCAAGACCACAGUUGCGCGGCUGAUUGCCAAGAUUCUGCUGGAUUCUGGCGUUCGAACCAAGGACAUUUUCAUCGAAACUAACGCCCAAGAGCUCAAGGACAAGGGCGCCGACGAGUUCCGCAAGCAGGCGGCAGCUGCCAUGGGUGGCGUUUUGUUCAUCGAUGAAGCGUACGAUUUGGACCCCAAGGGCGACUUCAAGGGCAAGCCGAUCGUGUCGGAGCUGCUGACGCUGGCCGACAACAAGCGCGACCAGCUGACGAUCAUCCUGGCGGGGUACGAGGACGACAUGCAGGAAAAGCUGUUCAGUUUCAACCAGGGACUCAAGAGCCGCUUUGAGCACGUGACGUUUGAGGACUUUGACCAGGUGGAACUGCAGACGAUCUGGGAGUCGCAGAUCGACGCCCGCGGGUGGACUGCGCCCCCAGAUCUGGGUGUGAUUGUGUCAAAACGGUUGGCUUUAGGGGCCAACGUCAAGGGAUUCGGCAACGCGCGGUCGGUGCGCAAGGAGGUGGAGCUGGCAACCAAGCACGCGAUGAGCAAAGAGUCCUUUGACGGCGACGCGAUGCAUUUAGCCAUGGACGACGUCAUGGGAGAACAUCCGCUGUUCAACCCCAAGCUCAAGCGCGUGCUGGACGAGAUCGAGGCCAAGAUUGGCUGGCAGUCCAUCAAGACCAGUGUCCGCGAGUUUAUCCAGCUGUGCGAGAAGAACUACCAGCGCCAGCUCGCGGGCCAGUCGCCACUCCCAGUGAUGCUGAAUCGGCUGUUUCUGGGUAACCCCGGCACUGGCAAAACCACAUGCGCUACUUUAUAUGGCAAGCUGUUGAAGGAACUCCGAUUUCUCUCCAACGGCGAAGUGCUGAUGAAAUCUGCGAGCGACUUUAUGGGGCAGUAUGUGGGCGAGUCGCAGACCAAGACGGUGGCGCUGCUGGAGCUGGCCAGAGGCAAGGUGCUGGUGAUUGACGAGGCGUACAACCUAGACGACAAACUGUGGGACAAGCAAGUAUUGGACGUGAUUGUGGAAAAGGUGCAGAAUACUGGCACGGACGAUAUCGCGGUGCUGCUUUUGGGCUACGAGAAACCCAUGCUGUCGAUGCUACGAGAUCAGAACCCGGGCCUGGCGCGCCGCUUUCCCCGCGAGCACGCGUUUGUAUUUGAUGACUAUUCGCCCAUCGAACUGCUCGAGAUCUUCCACUUCACGUGCAAAAAGCACCAGGUCGAGUGCUCGCAUGCGGCGUCCGAAGUUGCGAUGGAACUUCUGACCCAGCAGAAGGCCAUGUCCAAUUUCGGCAAUGCCGGCGCGGUCAACACGAUGAUUACGACCGCCAUGGCCAAGGCAUCUCUGCGGGUACAAGGCGCGGAUGCUGUCAGUUUGGAGCCGCACGACUUUGUCGACGCAACGGCCGUGGAGGACGAUCCAUUAUCCCGACUAGACAAGUUGUACCGAAUGGAGUCGAUCAAGGCGAGUCUGACCAGAUUGCGCAAUGCAUUCCAAGUGGCUCAAAGCGAAGGCUCGGUGCUGCCGACGGUGGGCCACUUUGUAUUUCGCGGGUCUCCUGGGACGGGCAAGACGACGGUGGCGCGCGUGAUGGCGAAGAUCUUGUUUCAGUUGGGGCUGAUUGCCGUGGACCACGUGGAGGAAACGUCCGGUCUUGACAUGACUGGGCAGUACGUGGGCCACACGAAGAAACGAGUGGAAGAGAAGCUCCAGGCAGCCAAAGGCGGCGUUUUGUUCAUCGACGAAGCGUAUGAGCUUGGUGUGGGGCACUUUGGCCAGGAAGCCAUGACGUCGUUGGUGGCGGCGAUGACGGACCCAGAAUACGCCGGCGUGGUCGUGAUUGUGGCCGGAUACCCUGUGGAGAUGGACACGAUGCUCAAUGGCAACGUGGGUCUCAAGAGUCGGUUCACGCGCUUUUUCGACUUUCCCGACUGGCUCACAGAGAACUGCAUGACGUGGUUCACCCACAUGGCCCAAGAGCACAACUUUGAGGUCGACUCUGCCGUGUUUGAGCUGCUCGAGAGCCAGUUUGACGCACUUCGACAACUCCCGGGCUUUGGGAACGGCCGCGACGUCAAGCGGAUUUGGGAUGAAAUGCUGACUUGUCGAUCGGAUCGAGUGGUUCAGUCGCCCGAAACGAUCAAGACCCUCACAGGGUCGGAUGUGGCAUUGGCGUGCGACGCGAUGCUGCGGGCGAGAAAGCGGCCCACGCCGGGGCUCCAGACCAACGCGCCACGCAAUUAUGACCCUUUUGAGGGCAAAAUGGAAGACUUUCAAGCUAACUCAGCACCCCCCCCCACCACCAAAAUGGUGUAUCAACAGACGCAAAAGCAGGUUCAGACUCCCGACGAAAAGAAGGAAGAAAAAGCGGACGGACGGGACGAAGGCGUGACGGACGUGCAGUGGGCGGAGCUGGAGGCAGCCAAGGAAAUGCACGAGCAGAAGCUGGAGCGCAUGCGCCGGGAACUGGAGGCCGAAGCGCUGCGAAUAGAGUUGGAGAAGGCGCGGGCGUUGCAGGAAAAGAUUCGCCAGAUUUGUCCAUGUCCAGCAGGAUUUCAAUGGCACCAAGUUGGCGGUGGCUGGCGCUGCGGAGGUGGCAGCCAUUAUGUGUCGGAUGCCCAGCUAAAGUCCCAAUUUUCGAUCUAG